AUGGAAAAGGAAAAAUUCAGGAUCAGAGAAGCGAAGUUUCCCGAGAAGGACAAAUUCCAAUGCUCGUUCUGCUCUAAAGUUUACUUUACUCUUCAUGGUUUGCGAACUCACAUGGAGAAAGCGCAUAAAGAGCACAUGGAAGACUAUGAUGAGAAGCCCCGUGCCACAGUGACCUGUCCGUUGUGUCACGAGCUGUUCCGCACAGGAUAUGAGCUCUCGUCGCAUUGUAACGAAGCACAUAAUGGCGAAAAUGACCAAGACUUCUCAAUUAUCGAGGGUGUGUUUGCGAGCGAAGAAGAAUUCAACGGAUGGAUGGAUUCCGUGGAAUGUUUGACAAAGGUGCGAUUUAUGAAGAGAACUUCUCGAGCCUGCCGAAAUGGAAGGAAUCAUCUCUUCGUUUGUGAGCAUGCUAGAGGGAAAGGAGACGUUGUUGAUCCGAAAGAGAUGCAGCAGCGGUUUUCGAAGAGCAAACGUGUUCACUCGCAUUGCCCAGCUUUUGUUAAAAUUGUGGAAAACCACGAAGAUGGUUCGAAUGAACUGCGCUAUGUAGCGUGCCUGGGUCAUUUAGGCCACAAAAUAGGCCAUGAAUCACUCAAACCUGAGAAAUACACUCACAAGCAUUUCAACAAUCAUCAGAAACACAAGGAAGCGCUACGUUAUUAUGGCGAUAAACAGGAUAUGAUAGUCGAGUUCUCAGACAACACAUGGGUAGUUGUGGCGGAAGGAGGUGAAGAGCACUGCGUUUCUGUCGGCAGUCCUUGUCGUGGCAGAUGUGAUAACAAG